CCGUUGAGACGCCUCUGCGGCAGCUGGUGGCGCAGGUGGCUUGCGUGGACGCGAGCACAGGCGGCUGGCCCGCAACCGCAGCCUCAGCGCCCGUGGCCCCGGCAGGCGCCUUGGGGCCCCCGGAGGCAUCCUCCCCUGCAGUCGCCCCGGUAGCCAGCGCUCCGGUCAGACCCACACCCCCUGCACCCCCUUGCGCCCCGUCCCGCCGCACCUCUUCCCUGGGCUUCGGACCUUCGGCCUCGUCCCCGAAACAUGACUCGCGAUUUCAAGCCCGGAGACCUCAUCUUCGCCAAGAUGAAAGGGUAUCCCCACUGGCCGGCUCGAGUAGAUGAAGUUCCAGAUGGAGCUGUAAAACCACCCACAAACAAAUUACCCAUAUUCUUCUUUGGAACUCAUGAGACUGCGUUUUUAGGUCCAAAGGAUAUAUUUCCUUAUUCUGAAAAUAAAGAAAAGUAUGGCAAACCAAAUAAACGAAAAGGCUUUAAUGAAGGUUUAUGGGAGAUAGAUAACAAUCCAAAAGUGAAAUUUUCAAGUCAACAGGCAUCAACUAAACAGUCAAAUACAUCAUCUGAUGUUGAAGUUGAAGAAAAAGAAACUAGUCUUUCAAAGGAUGAUACUGACCAUGAAGAAAAAGCCAGCAACGAGGAUCUGACUAAAGCAAUUGACAUAACCACUCCAAAAGCUGCAAGAAGAGGGAGAAAGAGAAAGGCUGAAAAACAAGUAGAAACAGAGGAGGCAGGAGUAGUGACAACAGCAACAUCAUCUAUUAAUCUAAAAGCAAGUCCUAAAAGAGGACGACCCGCAGCUACAGAAGUCAAGAUUCCAAAACCAAGAGGCAGACCCAAAAUGGUAAAACAGCCCUGUCCUUCAGAGAGUGACAUGGUAACUGAAGAAGACAAAAGUAAGAAAAAAGGGCAGGAGGAAAAACAACCUAAAAAGCAGCUUAAAAAGGAUGAAGAGGGCCAGAAGGAAGAAGAUAAGCCAAGGAAAGAGCCAGACAAAAAAGAGGGGAAGAAAGAAGUUGAAUCAAAAAGGAAAAAUUUAGCUAAAACAGGGGUUACAUCAACCUCUGAUUCUGAAGAAGAAGGAGACGAUCAAGAAGGUGAAAAGAAGAGAAAAGGUGGAAGAAACUUUCAGACUGCUCAUAGAAGAAAUAUGCUGAAAGGACAACAUGAGAAAGAAGCAGCAGAUAGAAAACGCAAGCAAGAGGAACAAAUGGAAACUGAGCAGCAGAAUAAAGAUGAAGGAAAGAAGCCAGAAGUUAAGAAAGUGGAGAAGAAGCGAGAAACAUCAAUGGAUUCUCGACUUCAAAGGAUACAUGCUGAAAUUAAAAAUUCACUCAAAAUUGAUAACCUUGAUGUGAACAGAUGUAUUGAGGCCUUGGAUGAACUUGCUUCACUUCAGGUCACAAUGCAACAAGCUCAGAAACACACAGAGAUGAUUACAACACUGAAAAAAAUACGGCGAUUCAAAGUCAGUCAGGUUAUCAUGGAAAAGUCUACAAUGUUGUAUAACAAAUUUAAGAACAUGUUUUUGGUUGGUGAAGGAGAUUCUGUGAUCACGCAAGUGCUGAAUAAGUCUCUUGCCGAACAAAGACAACAUGAGGAAGCAAAUAAAACCAAAGAUCAAGGGAAGAAAGGGCCAAACAAAAAGCUAGAAAAGGAACAAACAGUUUCAAAGACUCUAAAUGGAGGAUCUGAUGGUCAAGACAGCAAUCAACCACAACAUAAUGGGGAUAGCAAUGAAGAAAGCAAAGACAACCAUGAGGCCAGCAGUAAGAAAAAGCCCUCUAAUGAAGAGAAAGAGACUGAAAUCUCUCUGAAGGAUUCCACACUAGAUAUCUAGGUUGACAUACCUGGAAUGUAAAGAACAUUUGAGAAGUUUGUAAUGGUUUUCAUUUGAAAUAGACAGCUGAAAGUUUUAAAUUUUUAUAAGCAUAGGUUUCGAUGUUUAAAACUUGUUUUGAGGGAGAAAAAUUCUUUUAUCUUUGUUUAAAAGUAAUUAAACAUUGCUAAUUGUACUUGUGCAGUAUUAACAGCUACAUUAUACAAUAAAUGUGGGGAAAAUCCAUUUAGGAAAUGUUAAACAGCUUUUCCAGACAUUGGUUGUAGCAUAUUUUCAAUUUUUGUGUGUGUGUGUGUAAGUGUGUUAAUGUGUAAUUGGUAGUAGAAAAGUUAAAUUUUAAAAACGGCUACUUGUAUACACCUUCCUCUUUCCCCAGAUACCGUGGGUUUUGUGCAUUUUUUACAAAUCUUGGGUUUACCAGACUGUCUUUUCACUGUUUGUGGGUUUUGUAGAAGUUAUGCAUUUUUUGGUAGAUAAAAUGUUACUUCUAUACAAGUACUCACUCCUUUUAUCAAAAGUUAAUUUUAAUCAGUCUACAUUGUGUUACAUUUUCCUGCUGCUUUGUAACAAUGUGUGGUGUGUAUGCCUUUUUAUAUGACAACUAGAUAUCCGAUACUGAACUGAUAAUGCUGAGGUACAAAAUUUAUGUUAACAUUUGAAAUUAAUUUAGUUUUGUGGCAGGGAAUUCAGUAAACAUCACAUGACUAAAGCAGAGCUUAGAAUGGGAUAUAUGUAGUAAUGAAUCUGGCUUUUGGGUUCAACCAUGUAAGAUUCUUUACAGGCAGCAGGGAGUAGUAGCUAAAACUGAAAACUAAAAGAAAAUGUUAUUUUUGAGAAAUGUCUCGAGUUUCUGAAAAUUUUUAAGUCACACUUAUUAAGGAAAUCACAAGUAUUUUUUUAAUUGGGGAAGAAUAAUCCAUGAUGCUUAUACAAUAAAUAAAAGUAAAUACUAUGUAAGGAAGAAACUAGGUUAUAUCAGAAGGGAACUUACAUUUUAUAUCAUACAUGUGACAGGAUUGUAAAGAAGUGGAAGCAAUUACUCUGAGGCAGUAGACAAUGUAGAUAGUCUGUAUAUGGACUAAAUCAGGGUGAACCAAGAUCAAUACACAUUUUAAGUAAUUAAACGGUAUUUUGAAUAUUAGG